AUGAAAGCAUCACUCAGCAGGGCAGUGAGCGCCACGGCCGCUGUACUGACUCUCUUCUCCCUGCCGGGACCCGUGACCGCCGACUUCGGCAUCUACUACAACAUCGAGCAUUUCUCCGCCUACGCCGACUCUAAGGGUGGCUUCCCCAGCCAAACCUUCCGCUCAUCCGACAUCGUCGCGCCAGUUCUGCAGGUCAACUCGUGGGACCGCGCGCGGGCCGAUGGCGCUCCCUACCUGUUCCUCGGCGCCGUCUAUGGCGACAUGCGCGCCGGCCCCAUGAUCUUCGACUCGCGGGACCUCUCGCUCGUGUACGCCGACCAGCGAUACGAAAACACCUACGCCUCGAGCGCCUUUGUCGUCAACGGCUCCCGCUACCUCACGUUUUGGGAGGGCGCGCGCUCGCGGGGCCACGCAAACGGGUACUGCCUUGUCUUUGAUGAAGAGUACCGCCUACGAUACAACGUCACGGGCAAGGGGCUGAGGGAUGGUGCGCUGGCAGACAUGCACGAGGCGGUGCUGACGCCCGAGGGGAGUGUCAUCUUCUCGACGUACUUCAACGUGCCGUUCAACUGCAGCUCCGUCGGCGGGCCAGAGGAUGCGCUGCUCAUGGACAGCGGAUUCCAGGAGGUGGAUGCCGAGACGAAUGAGGUGCUCUUCGAGUGGAACGCUUCAAGUCACUUUGACAUUGCCGAGUCUUAUGCGCCUUACAGCGAGGCGUAUGGUGUCUCUGAAGACUCGGGGUACGACUUUUUCCACAUUAAUUCGAUAGAAAAGACAACGGAGGGUAACUACCUGAUAUCCGGGCGUCACCUCUCGGUUCUUGCCCUCAUUGACGGCCGCACUGGCAAGCCCAUCUGGAUCCUCGGCGGGAAGCGGAACCAGUUCAAGGACCUCAGUGACGGAUCAGCCACCAGCUUCGGGUGGCAGCACGACGCUCGCUUCCUAGAAGGCAACCAGACCCAGAUCACAAUGUUCGACAACCACGGCGAGGAGACGGGACAUUGUGGCGGCACCGUCUGCCACUCGCGCGGAUUGCAUCUCGAGAUUGACGCCGAAGCCAUGACGGCCCGUGUCGUGCGCGAGUACUUUCAUCCACAGGGCAUCAACUCGGGCGCCAUGGGCGGCAUGCAGACGCUCGAGAGCGGCAACGUCAUCAUCGGAUGGGGCCACAACCCGGGCUUUGUCGAGUACGCGGGUGACGGGAACCCCGUGAUGGAUGUCCAGCGCGGCAAGAUUGGCAACCAUGCCCUGGCCGACAUGUUUGCGUACCGUGUCAGCAAGCACCCCUGGCGGGGGAAGCCGACCUGGCCACCUAGUGCAGCUGUGGAUGCGCCCAACCGGACGACGCUCAACGCGACGGUGUAUGUCUCGUGGAAUGGAGCUACGGACGUCUCCUCAUGGGCAAUCCUCUCACACGACGAUGCCACACGCAUCAACAAUCCGCAGAACCUCAUCGCCAAGUCGCCCCGCCUUGGUUUUGAGACUGCGGUUUUUCUGGGCGCCAACCACUCAAGGCGAUACGUGGCAGCGGCCGCCCUCGCCGCCGAUGGCUCCGUCAUGGGGUCGACAUAUGUCAUCGACAUGGAAACGGGCCAACCCGUUAUGCUACCUAGCGGCAUCACGAGCGUGCGGCCCUGGUCGCUCGCAGAGGCUGUGCGGCCAGAAUCGUACGAGACGGCUGCCGUGGCCAUGGGAUGUGUCGUCGUUGUCUUUGUAGGCGCGGCGUUGGUCCUCAACCGCUGCGCCAGGAGGCUUGCCGCGCGAAGAAGGGCCGCCAAAGGACUGGUGGAUAGGGCGGCGUAUACUAAGCUGGGCAUGGAGGACUAG